AUGGGCUUCCAGGAGCACCCCAGGCUGCUGCUGCUGCUGCUGCUACUGCAGGGGGAGAGCCGUUGGCCCCCCCAUCGAAUCAAGAGAGGCUCAGUCCUCAUCCCCUCGGAGCUGGAGGAGGAAGACCCAGGUCCCUUCCCCAAGGGAGUGGGUGAGGUAAGACACUCGGUCGCCUAUGAUGCGGAACUGAUGUAUCUAGUCAGCGGGCCUGGGGUGGAUGAAGACCCAGAGGUCAACCUGUUCUCUAUGGACUGGGACACCGGGAAAGUAUAUGUUCACCGCUCCGUGGAUAGAGAAAAGACACCAUUUUUCACGGUGUGCUUUGACGUGGCAAGUCGCUCCACAGGGAAGAUCCUGGAUAGAUCCUUGAUGGUCACUAUCAAGGUCAAUGAUGUCAAUGACCACGAGCCCAAGUUUUCGAAGGAGGUACUGGACGUCGAGGUGAAGGAGAGCCAGGAAGCUAACGUGCCUCUUUUCCAGCUGUCCACCGUUGACCUGGAUCAGGCAAACACUCAACAAGUCCUUUACAUCCGCGAUUCCCAGUCGCCCUCGCUGGGAGAGAGUGUGUUCCGGGUCAACUGCGCAACGGGGCAGAUACGGUUCGCAGGGUGCUUGGGAUGCCAGACUGCUCCUGUGUUCACACUCCUGGUCACCGCGCGAGACCCGGGGACACCACAGCGGCCAUCCACAGCCCCCGUGAACAUCCACGUGCAAGACAGCAACAACCACAGGCCUGAGGUCACCCAGGAGAAGUAUGAGAUACAGAUUCCCGAAGGUCGCACAGACCCCAGCGUGCUGCUCAUACGGGUCCGAGACCGGGACACCCAACUUACAUCAGCUUGGAGAGCAAAAUUCAGCAUCUCCACUGGCAACGAAGAGGGCCACUUUGGCAUUGCGAGAGACCCUGUCACCAAUGAAGGGAUUCUGAGUGUCCUCAAGCCUCUGGACCACGAGACACUGCCCCGCAGACGCCUGGUCAUCUCCGUGGAGAACGAGGAACGGCUCUUCUCCUGUGAAGCAGGCCAGGCCAGAGUCUCUGUGGAUGUGACCGUGGUGGACCGCAACAACCCUCCCCCCCCCUUUUACCCAGAGACCCUCAUCGUGACCAGAGAGGAUGGCGCCGGGCCCGGGCUUCACCUGGGGCUAGUCAAAGCCAUAGAUCCCGAUGGAAUGUCCAGUCACGUGAGGGGUCCCUCCGCAGACGGGCACGGGGCCGUGAAGCUGUUCCUGACUGACAUCCACGACAAUGGGCCCAGGACCCCACAAGCAUAUCGGGAGGUCUGCGAGUCCUCCGUGAACAAGCCCCUCCGCAUUGAGGCCGAGGACCGGGACCUGCCGCCCUACACACACCCCUGCACCUUCGAGCUGGACCUAGCUGAGAGAGGGGCUGAGGUCAGGUGGAAGCUGGGCAGCAGCCAGGACCGCUGGGUGGAGCUGCUGCUGAUCAAAACCCUCCCGAGCAGGACCGGCUCCGUGCCUCUGUGUGCCGCUGGCCAGCAGGGCCUGUCCCAGAGGCAGACUGUCCACCUGCACCUGGACAUCCUGGAAGACGACCCUGACUCCCAGUACCAGCCUCAUGUUUACUCCGAGGAGGGGGAGUCCGACAUAGCAGAGACCCUCAGCUCCCUCUCCCUCUCUGAGGAGGACCUGCCCCUGGACUUGCUCUACAGCAUGGGGUCAAAAGCGAACACCCUGGAGAUAAUAUUCUCUUCCUGA